UAUCUCCCCUCUUGAUCGACGUCGACCCAUCAUCAGACGAAUCGGUCUUAAAAGGCGUGGCGUGUCUCUUCUCUCUCUCUCUCUCUCUGCCUCUGACUUGCCGCGUCUCGACCCACCAGUCUGACCGAGACCAACCUUUGAAGGGCAUCGACCUUCUUCUUCGUCUCUUCACGUCUCCCAUACUUGUUCUGCUCGAUCGCGUCGCGGGUCGCUUCUGUUGGUUUCGCGCCUUUGCGCUCGGAGCUCGUCGUCACCUUCCACGGUCGUUGUUGUGGUGCGCUUCGCAAUUUGUGACUUCGAUCCACCUUUGCUGCUCGGUGUCGUCCUUCGGCAGGUUACACACUUUUGUGGAUGUCUAAUAUGUGGAAUGGAACUCAAAGCGUGGGUGAAUGUUCCAGCUCAACUUCCUUAAGCAGUCAACAGGAUCUGGACGAUGAUCGGAUGAUUGCUUUUGUUCUAUCUGAAGAAUAUGCGAAAUUAGAUGGAGGAGUGGCUAGACGCCUUUCUAAUCUUGCUCCUGUUGCGCACGUUCCCCGCAUAAAUUCCUAUAUCCCCGAUCUAAGCGAUGCCAGUUUAGAUCACCAGCGGCUGCUACAGAGGCUGAAUGUCUAUGGGUUAUAUGAAGUGAAAGUCUCUGGGGAUGGAAAUUGCCAGUUCCGUGCAUUGUCAGACCAGAUGUAUAAAUCACCUGAAUAUCACAAGCAUGUCAGGAAGGACAUAGUGAAGCAGCUUAAAGACUAUCGUUCUUUAUAUGAAGGUUAUGUUCCAAUGAAGUACAAACGUUAUUACAAGAAGAUGGCAAAAUCUGGUGAAUGGGGGGACCAUGUUACCUUACAAGCAGCUGCAGAUAAGUUUGCGGCAAAGAUCUGCCUGUUAACUUCAUUCAGAGAUACGUGUUUUAUUGAAAUAAUGCCCCGAUCUCAGGCGCCCAAACGUGAGUUUUGGUUGAGUUUCUGGUCUGAGGUUCACUAUAAUUCCCUCUACGAAAUACGAGACGCUCCAAUUCCUCAGAAACCGAAAAAGAAACACUGGUUGUUUUAGAAGCAGCAGGUCGCUCAUGAUGUUGCCACCUGCAGGAAAAUGGGAGUCGAAAUUUAGACAGUCCGUAUACCUUACAUGUUUUUCUUAUUUUUUUCCCCAUUUGGCUUGUAUCAUAUUGAUCAUUUUUGUGGAUCACGUCAUAGUAGGUUUAUCAUAGAUGAGUUGUGAUGAUCCACAGUAUAAUUUUACUAUUCAUGAUAGAUUUCUUUUGAUGAGGUAGAUGUUCUGUUGCAGCCUUCAUUGGAUACUUUUAAGUUUUUAUGUAUAGUACUUGAUUUCAUCAGAUUUUUGAAAAAAUUUCUUUGCUCGAU